AUGCUCGAGCGAACUGUUCAGUAUUCACAGAAGCUGAAUGAGAACGAUCAUCUGCUCGACAGCAAUAAGGAAUUGCAAGACAAAAUCGUGCAACACGCGAUGCAAUACUAUGGGAUCGACCAAGCUGAACUAAAGGAGCAUGUAAAGUCGGCUGAAAAAGAAGGGAAGGUUCCUGAAAAGGUCAGUGUGGGGCAAGCGCUGAAGCACUUGGUUCGGGAUUGGACUGCGGAAGGCGACGCUGAGCAUUACGAUGCAUUUCCUUGUGUGAUAAACACGCUUCUCAAAUUCUCGAAUGCCAGUCGGAUAGCGCCAGCAAAGGUUCUUCUACCCGGCUCAGGCUUGGGGAGACUGGGCCACGAUAUACAUGGGCUGGGAGGAUUCGAAGUAUCUCUCAACGAGUACUCCAUGUACAUGAAUGUAGCAUAUCGGUACCUAGAAUCCCUGAAGGCCACAAACUCAGCCGGGCUGCACCCCUAUAUAGACGGAUGGUCGCACCACGCAACCACAAGCGACAUGCAACGACGCGUAUCAUUCCCAGACCACCCGCCAGCUAGUCGCUCCGUCGUACUUGUCGAGGGUGAUUUCACCACCGUGUUCAAAGGUCGAGAAGGAUCCUUCGAUUACAUCGUCACGCUCUUCUUCAUCGACACGGCGCGGAACCUGCUGGCGUACUUUGACAGCAUUCACAAGCUCUUGAAGCCUGGCGGGAUCUGGAUCAACUUUGGUCCACUGCUGUACGGUUCAGGACCCUUUGUGCAAUUGAGCCUUGAUGAGAUGGUCACGGUGGUUGAGGAAUGGGGCUUUGAGUUCUUGGAUGGUGAUGAGUCGUGUGGAAGGCCGACUUUGCCAACGCGGAAGGUACGCGGGAAAACAGCGUCGUACGCGUUCAAUGCGAAGGACUUGUCGAUAAACGCGUACCAAGCCCAAUCAUGGGUAGCACGUAAAGUCGUAUAG